AUGUCCUCACCAAGGCCAGAGGGACGAUUUUCUGCAUACAAGAUCGCCCUCAAAUCUGUCUCAGCGCGCACGGGGACUCCUCUACCAUCUCUUCUGGUGUCAUUUGGCGUCCUCCAUGAACUCACUGCCAUCCUCCCACUCGUUGGUGUCUUCUAUGGAGCACGCGCGCUCGGCAUAGGGGAACGCGUGAUCCACGCUGUUGUGAUGGAGGACUCUUCUUCUCAAUAUUCCCAAGACGGUGCCGUUGCUCGGGGGAGGAACGUCUUGAAGACUUGGGUCGACGAGGGUGACAGAUGGGCUGCUAAAGUUGGGACUCGAUAUGGUUUAUUCGGAUAUGAGAAAGGGGAUUUGAAUGGCAUGUCAGCCACCAUUGGUGCGCCUGGCCACAUUGCUGGUGAUGUUGCCAAUGCCAUUGUUGCCUAUGGGCUGACCAAGGCCCUCUUACCACUCCGUGUUGGAGUAUCAAUAUACCUUUCACCAAUGUUCUCUCGACAAGUAAUUGAGCCAUUGCGGAAGACCCUUCUACGCCCUUUCCGACGUUGA